UUUCAGCCUGUUAAAGGAUGAAUGAGGUUACAAAACCAUUAGCUGUGUGUGAGGAUGCGUAUCAGUCUGUAUAUCAGCUUUAAGCCACCCAACUGGAUUUUCGAGCCUUCUUUCCACGCAGCGUCACUAAUGCUUCUGUACACACCUAAUGACUUUUCAAACAAACUAUUAUCUGCAUACCGAGCGUCUUUGUGACCCGGAACCUGACGCUGUGUGCCUCCUAUAAAACACCCGGAGGUCCGAGGCUCCAUCACUCCUCGGAGACUCUCGCAUCAUCAGCAGCAGCAGCAGCAGCAGCAGCAGUAGUAGCAUCAACAUGUCUGUCGUCCAGCAGCGCAGCUUCAGCGCCCACAGCCUGUCCAGCAGCAGCCGCAGCAUCUCCAGCGUCAGUCAGGCCGGAGGAUGGAUGCAGCAGGGCCGCAUCUCCACCGGGCCCUACCUCGGCCAGCGGGCGUUCAGCGUGUACGGAGGAGCGGGCCAGUCCGGGGUCCGCAUCUCCACCUCCGUCUUCCCUGCAGAUUCCCUCAGCCCGUUCGGAGGCACCUCAGUGAUCGGAGACGAGAAGGUCACCAUGCAGAACCUCAACGACCGCCUGGCCUCCUACCUGGCCAAAGUGCGCUCUCUGGAGUCAGCCAAUAGGAAGCUGGAGCUGCAGAUCAAAGAGUUCUAUGACAAACGAACUCCUUCUGUGACCACAGAUCACGCCGGCUACUUUGCCACCAUCGCUGAGUUGCGAGAUCAGAUUGCAAGAAGACAUUCUGAAAACCAAAGCGUCAUCCUGCAGAUUGACAACGCUCAACUGGCUGCAGAAGACUUCAGAGUCAAAUAUGAGAUUGAGCUGAACAUGCGCACAACGGUGGAGGCUGAUGUGGCUCGUCUCCGAGGAGUCCGGGACAGUCUCACACUUGGCAUCAGUGACUUGGAAUUGAGGAUUGAAGGCCUGAAGGAGGAGUUGCUGUACCUGAAGAAGAACCAUGAGGAGGAGAUGAGUCAGGUGAGGAUCCAGCAGAGCGGCAAUGUGAACGUAGAGGUGGACAGCGCUCAGUCCGUGGAUCUGACCAAGGUGCUGGAGGAAAUGAGGGAGCAGUAUGAAUCUGUGAUGGUGAAGAACAAGCUGGAGCUGGAGAAAUGGUUCCAAACUAAGGUGGAUUCUCUCCAGACGCAAAUCAUCACUCAGACGACCACUGUGAAGGAGUCUUCAUCGCAGCUGUCAGAGCUGAAGAGAAGCUACCAGAGCUUGGAGAUAAAUCGGCAAAGCCUCCACACAGAGAUGCAGCUGCUGCAGCAGAAUCUGGAGGACGUGAAGAGUCGCUACAGCAUCCAGCUCAGCCAGCUGCAGAUGACCAUCACCGCCCUGGAGACGGAGCUGCAGCAGAUCAGACUCUCAAUAGAGCAGCAGCAGAUCAGCUACAGCCAGCUGCUGGACAUCAAGAUGAGGCUUGAACUGGAGAUCGCAGAAUACAGGAGGCUGCUGGAAGGAGAGCAGACGGUUCAAAAGAAGUCUGUGGUCAUCAGCAAAGUGAUAGAAAAAGUGGAAGAACACAAACCCCACGUGGAGAGGAGAGUGAAGACCAUCGUGGAGGAAAUCGUUGAUGGAAGGAUCGUGUCCUCUGAAGUUGACACCCAAGUGGAGACUAUUCAGUAACACUUAGCUCAGCCCUGCUGCCUUUAAGCUUACAUUUUUACUUCAAUUUGACUUAAAUUGUCUUCAGGCUAUAGCUAUAUUUCACCUAGUUGGGGAAAAAGCACUUAUGUUUCUUGGCAUUUUCUUUCUUUUCUUUUGAUUGGAAAUGCAAAGUUGCAGCGAGGCACAAUCUUUACUUUUGAUGAGCAGGAAACCAAAAUAUGAUCAGAAAACAUUGAUGAAGAUGUAACAUUUGACUUCGUUUUAUCCUACAUCUAACUGUUGUUACUUUUUUAUUUUACAAGGGUUGUGAAAGGCUUAAAUACGAUGAGCUAAAGUCACAGAAAGAAGCUGAAAAAGCCUCAAAGUUUUCAUUGCAUGGGCAUAAGGUGUGCAUCUUCUGUAUCUUUGCUCUGGUGAAAAUCACAAGAAUCUACAAAAAUAAAUCAACAAAAAUGAA